AUGCGGUUAGACGUCAAGAGGCAGCUUUUUGCGCGCUCAGAGCGUGUCAAGGGCAUCGACUUUCACCCAACGGAGCCAUGGAUCCUUACCACCUUGUACAGCGGGCAUGUCCACAUCUGGUCGUACAUCACGCAGUCGAUUGUCAAGACGUUCGAGCUCACUGACGUGCCCGUCCGCGCCGGUCGUUUCAUCGCUAGAAAGAACUGGAUAGUGGCAGGUUCUGAUGACUUUCAAUUGCGCGUAUAUAACUACAACACCUCGGAAAAGGUCACAUCUUUUGAGGCCCACCCCGACUACAUUCGCGCCAUCGCCGUUCAUCCAACACAGCCUUUCGUCCUGACCGCCAGUGAUGAUAUGACAAUAAAGCUCUGGGAUUGGGACAAGUCAUGGAAGUGCGUACAAGAGUUUGCUGGCCACCAGCACUAUGUUAUGGGCAUUGCCAUUAACCCCAAGGACCCCAACACAUUUGCAUCUGCCUGUCUCGACAGGACGGUCAAGAUAUGGUCCCUUGGUAGCUCAACUCCCAAUUUCACCCUCGAGGCGCACGAGACCAAGGGUGUCAACUUCAUCGAUUACUACCCUCAGUCAGACAAGCCAUACCUACUCACUACCUCGGACGAUCGGACGGUCAAGGUCUGGGAUUACACCACAAAGGCACUCAUUGCAACCCUCGAGGGCCACACUUCCAACGUUAGUUUCGCGGUCUACCACCCAGAGCUCCCCGUUAUUGUUUCGGGAUCAGAAGAUGGCACAAUCAAGAUCUGGCAUUCUUCAACCUACCGGUUAGAACAAUCAUUGAACUACGGUCUUGAGCGCGCGUGGUGCGUGUCAUACCAAAAGGGCAAGAAUGGCAUUGCGCUUGGUUUCGACGAUGGCGCCGUCGUCAUUACCAUGGGUCGUGAGGAGCCGGCAGUCAGUAUGGACGGUAGCGGAAAGCUGCUUUGGGCCAAGAACAAUGACAUUCUCACAUCCGUCAUCAAGGGCAGUGACCAGCUCAAGGACGGUGAGCGGCUCACGCUUCCUAGCAAGGAUCUCGGCUCGACCGAGCUCUAUCCACAGGCUCUGCUCCACUCGCCAAACGGCCGCUUUGUGGCUGUUUGUGGCGAUGGUGAGUACAUUAUCUACACUGCACUCGCUCUCCGUAACCAGGCGUUUGGUUCCGCCAUGGACUUUUGCUGGGCGUCGAAGGAGCACGACAAAGACUAUGCUAUCCGGGAGUCGUCCACUAGCGUCAAGAUCUUCCGCAACUUCAAGGAGCGAAGUGUUCUAAACGUUGGCUUCUCUGCCGAUGGUCUGAGUGGUGGUGUUCUCCUUGGUGUAAAGGGUCAUGGCGGCAUUGGUCUGUUCGACUGGGAUUCUGGAGCUCUGGUCAGAAGGAUCGAAGUUGAGCCAAAUAACGUUUUCUGGUCUGAGAGUGGUGAGCUCGUGACUCUGGCGACCGAAGACACUUUCUACGUCUUGCGCUACUCAAGAGAGAAUUAUCUCGAGGCAGUGCAGAACGGCGAGGUGGACGAGGAUGGUGCCGAGUCUGCUUUCGAGGUUGUAUGCGACAUCAACGAGAGCGUGCGCACUGGUACAUGGGUAGGAGACUGCUUCAUCUACACAAACAGUACAAACCGCCUUAACUACCUUGUGGGCGACCAAACAUACACUAUCUCGCACUUUGACUCACCACACUAUGUCCUCGGAUACCUACCUCGUGACUCAAGGAUCUACGUCGCAGACAAGGAUGUCAAUGUCGUCUCUUUUGCCCUGUCUCUGGCGGUCGUUGAGUACCAGACGCUCAUUCUCCGUGGUGAUCUCGAGGCUGCCGAGGAGACUUUGCCGUCAGUGCCAAAGGACCAAAACAACAAGAUUGCACGUUUCUUGGAAGGUCAGGGAUACAAGGAAAUGGCACUCAAGGUUGCCACUGACCCUGAACACCGCUUUGACCUCGCCUUGUCCCUGGGUGAUCUUCAGCAAGCCGUUUCAAUUGCUCGGGAACAAGACACGGAGCACAAGUGGAAGACGGUGGGCGACGCUGCGCUGAGCAACUGGGAUGUGCAACUGGCACAAGAAUGCUUCGUCAAAGCUAAAGAUCUCGGCUCGCUCCUACUUCUCUACAGCGCCACCAGCGACACAACUGGCCUAAGAGAACUGGCCGCCCUUGCAGAGACUGCGACGGCAAACAACGUGGCGUUUUCUGUGCUGUGGCAGAUUGGCGAUGUGCAGGCCUGCAUUGAUCUCCUUGUCAAGACGAGCCGCUUUGCCGAGGCUGUGCUCUUUUCACAAACGUACAAGCCCAGUGCAACUGCCGAGCUGGUGAAGCAGUGGAAGGCGUCGUUGGAAAAGGAGCAAAAGACCAAGGUGGCAAGGCUUCUUGGUACGCCGCCUCAUGGUGAUGGUGAGGGCGACGCUGAGAUGUUCCCUGAAUGGGAUGAGUAUCUGAGGCUAGAGAAGGAGGGGGGUACUAUUGAGGACCUGCUCGUGCAAGAAGAAGAGGGGGAGGCUGAGGAUGCGGACGAGGAAAUUGCGGCUGGUGCAGAGGAGGACGACGAGGAAGAUGAAGAUGACGAAGAGGAAGAGGAGGAGGAGAAGUAG